AUGAAAAAUAACAGCUAGUAAAAGGAGAGUACUUAAUAAUUAAAAGAGGUAAUAAAAUUUUAUUAAUUUAAGAUUAUUCAUAGAUUACAAUAAAGAGAAGCUUCAUAGAGAAUCGAAAUAGCAAAAUUAAAAAUAUUAUUAGUUGAGAGAGAUUAAGAAUUUAAGUUAGUAGCUGAUUAAUUGCAAGAAUUAAGAAGAAUAUAAUAAAGAGUAUUAAAACAAAUUAAUAUGAUAGGAUAAUCAAUAUAUAUUAAAAAUAGAUAACUAUGUUGCAAAUCUGAAAUAAAAAUUAUAAAAAGCCAACAUAAAGAUUGAAUCAUUUGAAUCUAAGUUCUCUUCUUCUAGAGUUAAAUAAAAUUAUCCUCUAGAUGAUUCUUUCAAUGGAUAUGAUUCCUUUCAUACAGAUAAUUCUACAAUUUCUACUAAUAAGAAGUAAAUCCUUAAAUAAAAAUCUAAUCGUUUCAAUUUACCCUAUUCUGUUAAAAAACCAAAGUUAAUACAAAAACCUAUCAAAGUUUAAUUACCAUAUCCAAAUACUAGUUUUACAGAGAAUUAAGAAAUUUUAGAAAAUAAUACUCUCCUUAAACCAAGUCCAUUAUAAGAAUAAAUACUUCACAGAAUCUUAGAUGACGAAGAAUUUAUUAAUAACUUUACUACAUAAUAUGGUUAAAUGCAAACAGAUUUAUUUUCCUAUUAAAAAAGCUAGACACAACCUAUUAGUUUUGCAUGCAACUCAAGAUAAAGCAAUUAUAAUUUUGCAAAUAGUGAAAAAAAAUAAAAUCACAAUAGUAAAUUACAAAAACAUACUAAUCGAUAAUGUAUAUAUUUAUUAAUUUUAGAUCAUUCAAUUUCUAUUGAUGAAAAGGAAAAUAAUAGCAAAUAUUUUAAUUGA